AUGGAAAAACCCCAAGAAAGUUUCUCAACUAACGACGGCCGUGUAAGUGAUAUAGUUACAGAAAAGUACGUGGUUGAAUCCAAGGAGUCUGCCUCUCAUGUUCAGCUUGCCUGCAGCGCGCGGUACUGCGCUUUCCCUCUGCACGGAAACGGACUUUGCAUAUGGAGCACCGAGAACCCUCCUCAUCAGUUUCUAAUCCUACAAGGACACCGUCAGUCAGUUACUGCCAUGGCUUUUGGAAAUACGGUGGAUCCAGUUGUACUCUGCUCUGCGUCGCAGGAUCGCACGAUCGUGUGGGACCUGGAGGAGUGCAGAGAGAAAGUGCUUCAAGGGCUGACCCCGCGAGGGACUGUCGUGAGCACACUGCUGGGAAAGGUGCUGUGUUUAAGGUGGAGCCCGGAUGACCGUGCUGUUGCCAUAUGUGCUGGAAACAAAAUACUCCUGCUGGGUGUCGAG